AUGAGCAAACUGUCGUUCCGGGCCCGGGCGCUGGACGCGUCCAAGCCGCUGCCCGUCUUCCGCUGCGAGGACCUGCCCGACCUGUCCGAAUAUGCCUCUAUCAACCGGGCCGUGCCGCAGAUGCCCACGGGCAUGGAGAAGGAAGAGGAGUCGGAACAUCAUCUUCAGCGAGCUAUCUCGGCACAACAGGUAUAUGGAGAGAAGAGGGAUAAUAUGGUUAUACCAGUCCCAGAGGCAGAAAGUAAUAUUGCUUACUAUGAAUCUAUAUAUCCUGGGGAGUUUAGGAUGCCAAAGCAGCUCAUUCACAUACAGCCUUUUAGUUUGGAUGCUGAACAGCCUGAUUAUGACUUGGAUUCAGAAGAUGACGCCUUUGUGAAUAAGUUGAAGAAAAGAAUGGACAUCUCUCCUUUGCAGUUUGAGGAGAUGAUAGACAGGCUAGAAAAGGGCAGUGGUCAGCAGCCAGUCAGCCUGCAGGAGGCCAAACUGCUUCUGAAGGAAGAUGAUGAAUUAAUUAGAGAAGUGUAUGAGUACUGGAUUAAAAAGAGGAAAAACUGUCGAGGUCCCUCUCUUAUCCCAGCAGUAAAACAAGAGAAGCGAGAUGGUUCCAGCACAAAUGAUCCUUAUGUUGCUUUUAGAAGGCGAACAGAAAAGAUGCAGACUCGAAAAAAUCGAAAGAAUGAUGAAGCAUCUUACGAAAAGAUGCUUAAGUUGCGUCGAGAUCUGAGUCGUGCUGUAACUAUCCUAGAGAUGAUAAAGAGAAGGGAAAAAAGCAAGAGGGAGUUAUUGCAUUUAACACUGGAAAUUAUGGAAAAGAGGUAUAAUUUGGGUGACUACAGUGGAGAGAUCAUGUCCGAGGUUAUGGCACAGCGCCAGCCAAUGAAACCUACCUAUGCCAUCCCCAUCAUUCCUGUUACAAAUAGCAGUCCAUUUAAGCAUCAAGAAGCUAUGGAACUGAAGGAAUUCAAAGUUAACAAGCAAGAGAAAGCUGAUGUUAUAAGACCCAAAAGGAAAUAUGAGAAGAAGCCCAAAGUCUUACCUUCAUCUGCUGCUGCUACUCCUCAACAGACAAGUCCUGCUGCACUGCCAGUCUUUAAUGCUAAAGAUCUGAAUCAGUAUGAUUUCCCCAGCUCAGAUGAAGAACCUCUUUCCCAAGUUAUGUCUGGUUCCUCCGAAGCUGAGGAAGAAAAUGAUCCUGAUGGUCCUUUUGCUUUCCGUAGGAAAGCAGGUUGUCAGUACUAUGCUCCUCAUUUAGACCAAACUGGCAACUGGCCAUGGAGUAGUCCUAAAGACGGAAGAUUAGGAGAUGUCCGCUAUAGAUACUGCUUAACCACGCUCACUGUACCCCAAAGGUGUAUUGGGUUUGCACGAAGACGGGUUGGACGUGGCGGAAGGGUGCUACUGGACAGAGCGCAUUCAGACUACAACAGUACGUUUCGCCAGCUGGAUUUGGAAAUGCUUUCCUCAACGCAACACUCUUCAAUCAGUCAAGUUGCCAAUACCUCAGAAACAAAUACCUCGGACAAAUCUUUCUCUAAAGACCUCAGUCAGAUACUAGUCAAUAUCAAAUCAUGUAGAUGGCGGCAUUUUAGGCCUCGGACACCAUCUCUACAUGACAGUGACAAUGAUGAACUCUCCUGUAGGAAAUUAUACAGGGGUAUAAAUCGAACAGGCACAGCACAACCUGGGACCCAGACAUGCAGUACCUCUAUACAAAGUAAAAGUAGCAGUGGUUCAGCACACUUUGCAUUUACAGCCGAACAAUACCAGCAACAUCAACAGCAACUGGCACUAAUGCAGCAACAGCAGUUUGCACAAAUUCAUCAACAGCAAGCAAAUAGUAAUUCCUCUGCCAACACUUCACAGAACCUUGAAACUAACCAACAGGAAAGUGGCUUUCGCCUGAAUCUACAUCAUAGCCAUUCUGUAAAGUGUUUAGAAGGGACACUGCAGGGUUUUGUUUCCAAGACAUUGGAUUCUGUUAGUGCUCAAUUUGCUGCUUCAGCUUUGGUAACAUCUGAACAAUUGAUGGGAUUCAAAAUGAAGGAUGAUGUGGUGCUUGGAAUUGGGGUGAAUGGCAUCCUUCAGGCCUCAGGAGUAUACAAGGGCUUACACCUCAGUAGUACUACACCUACAGCACUUGUACAUACAAGUUCAUCGUCAGCAGCAGGUUCAACCUUGUUACCGCCUUCAAAUAUAACACAGACUUCGAGUUCCCACAGUGCACUGAGUCACCAAGUAACCGCUGCCAACUCUGCAACAACUCAGGUCCUGUUUGGGAACAACAUUCGAUUAACUGUACCCUCAUCAGUUGCCACUGUAAACUCUAUUUCCACACUCAAUGCGCGACAUAUACCUAGGACUUUAAGUGCUGUUCCAUCAUCUGCCUUAAAGCUGGCUGCAGCAGCAAACUGUCAGGUGCCCAAGGUUCCAGCUUCAUCCUCUGUGGAUGCAGUACCAAGGGAAAACCAUGAAACAGAAAAGCCAGCCCUGAACAAUAUAGUGGACAAUACAGUAGCAAUGGAGGUGACGUAG